AUGUGGACUACGGCCGUGUUUUCGACCUACGUCUUGGCGUCUGCCGCCCAAGGUACCUACAACCCCUACCCUUGGUCGAACUCAUGGCAGCCUUAUCCAUGGGAGUCUUCCAAGACUGGAAACCCGAUCACCUCAAGUACGGGUAGCAUGGUAGGAAGCUCGCUCAGCACGUCUUACAUUGGUAGUACUACAAGCCCGACCGGUACGGCGAGCGUGAGCACCGCAAGCACUGGGAGCGCCACAACUGGUCCGAGCAGUAGAGGCACUGGGCGCGCUACAACUAGUCCCAGCAGCACAAGCACUGGCACUUCAGGUGGUGGGAACAGCACAGCUGCCUCUCCAUACUCGGUCAAGACGCCUCCAUUGACUACCGACUGGACGUACGAAGUUGGUACGGAUCCAUGGCCCGAGUACCCACGUCCUCAGCUUCAGCGUACUCAGUGGCAAAGCUUGAACGGCAUCUGGACAUACCAGAAUGCUUCCAGCUUGGAUGCAGUGAACAGUCCACCAGUUGGGAAAAACUUGGCGAACGAAGUGCUUGUGCCGUCGUGUCUGGAAAGCGGUCUUUCAGGGAUCCAAACGACGUACAACAUCUACUCCUGGUUCGCCACCUCGUUCACUGUUCCGUCGAAUUGGACCGGAAGCAGCGUACUGCUCAAUUUUGGUGCUAUUGACUAUGAAGCCACCGUGUUCGUGAACGGACUUAAUGCAACGUUCCAUCGUGGCGGCUAUUUUGCGUUCACAGUCGACGUUACGAGCUACCUUGAUAGUGGCGCAAACGAACUGCUGGUGUUCGUUCACGAUCCCACAGAUGAGGAUCCCUAUGUCAUUCCAAUCGGCAAGCAGACUCUGCAUCCUUCGCACAUCUUCUAUACUCCCUGCAGUGGUAUAUGGCAGAGUGUGUGGAUCGAGUCAGCACCGUCGGACUACAUUACGGAGCUUGAUAUUUCGGCAGGCAUGGACGGCACUGUCAAUGCGACGAUCACUUCCUCAAGCUCAAACAGCUCCGCCGCCUCGAUCUCAAUUAUUGACCGCAGCUCGAAGUCCACAGUCGCCACUCAUAGUGGCACCGCUGGAUCGCCGUUCACGUUCCAAGUGUCUUCGCCAAAGCUCUGGUCUCCGAGCUCGCCUUCACUGUAUGACAUCACGAUCACGGUCGGCAGUGACACCGUCUACAGCUAUACCGGCUUCCGGACAAUCUCCAAGGGAGUUGUUAACGGCAUCGAGCGACCUCUCUUGAACGGCGAAUUCCUCUUCCUUUUCGGCACUUUGGAUCAAGGCUUCUGGCCAGAUGGCAUCUAUGUUCCGCCGAAUAGAGAGGCUAUGGUUUACGAUCUGCAGACGCUGAAGAACCUGGGCUUCAACAUGCUGCGCAAGCAUAUCAAGGUUGAGAACGCAUUGUAUUACCAGGCUUGCGACGAAAUGGGCCUUAUGGUGAUUCAAGACAUGCCCGCUCUGCGCCCGUUGCAGACGGAGACUCUGUCCAAUUGCACGGUCGAAACUAUCCUGCCGGACGCCACUCAACAGGCCGAGUUCCAGCGUCAGCUUGAACUCCUCGUCACUCAGCAAAGGGUAUUCCCUAGCAUCAUUACCUGGAUCAUCUACAACGAGGGCUGGGGCCAGCUUACGAACUACUAUCCCGAAUUCCGUCUAACAGAUAUCGUAAGACAGCUCGAUCCAACGAGGUUGGUGGAUGCCACUACCGGUUGGUACGAUCACGGCGCCGGUGAUUUCUCCGAUAAUCAUCACUACGCCAACCCGCAGUGCGGCUCACCUUUUUACUCCAUCCAAUCCAGCCCAUAUGAUCCCACUCGCAUCGGCAUCCAAGGAGAGUUUGGAGGCAUCGGCAAAAACGUCUCCAUCGAGCACCUCUGGAACGUCCAGGAAGCCAUCAACACGAUCAACCAGACAUACGAGAUCGACUUGACGAUCGAGGCAUGGAAUUACAGGGGUCAUCGUCUGCUCGGGGAGAUUCUCGACCAGGUUAAGUUGUAUGCUUGCAGCGGGGGUGUUUGGACUCAGACGACUGAUGUGGAGGGAGAGGUGAAUGGGUUGUUGACGUAUGAUCGUCGCAUCUUGCGCCCGUACGUUGGGCAGUGGCAGGCCGAUCUCCAGGCUCUAUAUGACGCCGGUGUUGCUCGCUCGAAUGCCUUGGCGCCAGCGUUGAAGUUCUCGUAG